AUGCUAUCUGGACGCGAUGUGGAACAGUUUAGAUCUUGCGUGUGGCGCAUCGCCGCAAAGCUAAUUAUCUAUCCUCAAGUCAUCGCCGAAAAGAUGUUGAACUUGAACGAAUUUUUGCUCGAAGACAGCGCUAGCGAAGAGGAUGAGCCGGAACGGCUCCGUUUAUAUAGAGAUCGCGCUUGCCCUUUCGAAACGCUAUCGGACGUCGAGUUUCGAAAGGAUUUUCGUUUUACUCGUCCGGUGUUCUACGAACUUUGCGAGAUGCUUAGAGAAGAUCUGGCGCAUACAACGGUUAGGGGAACGUCUCUGACGGUUGCCCAACAAGUAGCUGCGUGUGUUCACCUUUUGGGAAGAAAUGCCAUGCAAGCCGAUUCAGCGCGUCUUGCUGGAUGUAACCAAAGCACGGUUUCGAGGACCCUACGUGUGUUUCUGGAUGCUGUUGUGAAGUUGGCGCCAAGAUACAUCAAUUGGCCUUCAGCUGCAGAACAAGAAGAAAUUGCGCGAAGAAUUUAUCGAAAGUAUGGACUCCCCAACAUUGUUGGGAUGAUUGAUGGCACGCACGUUAGAAUUGUGGCACCCAGAGAGAAUGCGGUGGAUUACAUAAAUAGGAAGAGGUACCACUCAAUAAAUGUGGGAGCCAUAUGCGACGACAAUUUUUUAUUCCGAUGGGUGAGCGCUUCAUGGCCCGGUUCCGCCCACGACAGCAGGGUCUUCAAAUCUUCGGAACUCUACAAAGAUCUAAGGGCAAGGAGAAAAAGGGGAUGCAUCAUAGGUGAUUCAGCUUACACCGCAGAAUCAUUUUUAAUCAAAGUUGUGAGCCAGGCCAACACAGUAAGAGAACAACGGUACAAUCGUGCAAUCUGCUCAGCGCGAGUGAAAAUUGAGCAGGCUUUUGGGAUGCUAAAGCGCCAAUGGCACAUACUACAUUCAGAAUGCAGAUACGAUCCGGACACCGCAGCCAGAAUUACAAUAGCGUGCAUGGUGCUGCGCAAUCUUGCGAAUCAGAGGAAUGAGCCACUUUUCGAGGACGACGACGACCUGGAAGUGGUUGAAAGUGACAUGGGGGAAGAAAAUCAGGAAGUCCACACUACUUCCGGCCGUGCUCUCAUAAGGAGGAUAAUCGAAGAAUUUUUUUAA